AUGGACAUCGGAGAUGGAAAUCUGACUCCACAGGAGCGAGGGCGUGUGAUAGAAAUUCUGAAGACGUGUGAUAAGGCAAUAGCUUUCAGCGACGCGGAACGCGGUAGGAUUGACCCUAGAUACGCUAAGCCAGCAAGGAUUUACACGAUACCACAUGUUCCCUGGAACGACGCAGGAUGGAAGUACGCCCAGAAGGAGAAGGAAGAAGUUAUCGCUUUUCUGAAAGAAAAGAUGGUUUCCCACGUUGCGGAGCCGUCUGAUAGUGCUUAUGCAAAUCGAUGGUUCUUCCUGCGUAAGCCGAAUGGCAAGAUCCGAUGGAUCCAGGACCUUCAUAAGGUCAAGGCGGUGACGAUACGAGACGUGGGCUUUGUGCCACACGUCGAUUUACUGGCAGAAGGCGCAGCAGGUAGGUCGAUCUAUUCGGUCUGUGAUCUGUUCUCAGGCUAUGAUGAGGUACCGCUUGAACCUAGGGACAGGCACCUCACGGCUAUGCAUACGCCAUUGGGACUAAUUCAGAUGAUGGUCGUCCCUAUGGGUUGGACUAAUGGGGUAGCCGGUUUUCAGAGAGCCAUGGUAGCCGUCCUCAAGAACUUCAUCCCUGAUAAGGUUGAAGUUUUUCUGGAUGACUUUCCUAUAAAAGGGUCAGUAGACAGGGAUGAAACAGAGGUUGUACCUGGGGUUAGAAGAUUCGUCGAGCAGCACCUAAUAGAUAUUUGCGCCGUACUCGAGCAGCUGGACGAUGCGAAUUUAACAGUCAGCGGAACAAAGAGCCGAUGGGCCGUCUCGACUAUUAAGAUCUUGGGCUUCAUCUGUGACUCGAGAGGACGCCGAGCAGAUCUGGCAAAGUUAGAAAACUCCUAAACUGGCCGUCACCGUUACGUAGCCUGACCG